UGAAGGGAAGCGUAGGCUACAAUUAUUAUUUUUAAAGCCCGCUUAAUGAACACCGUCCUUUUCAGAGAUAUUUUCCAGCCUUCAGCCACCUUUGUUACUGUCUGCGAUAGCCAACUAGCUAUCUCUUUUGAUCCCGAUAUUCCGCUGUUUUUAUAGACUAUUUAUUUAUUUAUUUAUUUAUUUGUUUUCUUUCCACGGGGUUGUCGGCGCGAGAUCCUCCGUUUAACCUGCGUAUUGAGCGGAGCUGGACUUGGGAAAGUCUUGAUUUAAAUUCCACUCAUCUUCAAUCCGAUCGUUUAUUCUGGAUUCAUUCAUUUGAAGUAAACCUCCUGUUGCGUGAUGGGGCGCUGAGAAAGAAUAGGUUUUAAACGCAAAGUGGAAUCUUGCGACUGUGGUCAUCUGUGGAUUUUGAGGAAGAUCUGAAAUAGUGAUUAGGUCCCCCCUCCUCCUUGUCAGUGCGCGACCGGGCGUCUUCUGACCGCAAUUUGUUUUCAUGUUUUUAGGUUUGUGUGAUUUUGCUAAAAUGCAUCACCAACAGCGAAUGGCUGCCUUAGGGACAGACAAAGAACUAAGCGACUUAUUGGAUUUCAGCGCGAUGCGAAACAGCGAUUUGAAAAUGUUCCCAACACCAAUGAUGUUUUCUCCCCCCGUAAGCAGUGGAAAGAACGGACCGACCUCGCUCGGGAGUGGACAUUUCACAGGCUCAAAUCUUGAAGAGAGGGCCAGCUCAGGAUCGUGGGGAAACGGAAGUCGCGCCUCAAAGAGUUACGUUGACGGCUCCCAGUACGCUCACAUGGCCAACAGGGAACUCGGCUCGCACGACAGCAUUUCUCCGCCAUACCACAACUCCAGACUAGCGGGUAAAUCAGACAGAGCAUCCUACUCGUAUGGGAGGGAGUCCAACCUGCAUGGCUGUCAUCAGCCGAAUCUCAUGGGGGGAGAGAUGGGAAUGGUCAGCCCUGGAACAGUGUCACCCACCAAGCCAGGCUCCCAGUACUACCAGCACUACGGCAGCAACCCUCGCCGGAGACCCAUGCACAGCGACAACAUGGAGGUCCAGACAAAGAAAGUUCGGAAAGUUCCCCCUGGUUUACCCUCUUCAGUGUACGCCCCAUCUGCGAGCACGGCAGACUACAACCGUGACUCACCGGGGUACCCGGCCUCCAAACCCCCCGCCGGCUCCUUCCCCAGCUCCUUCUUCAUGCCCGACGGCCAUCACAGCACUGACCCAUGGAGCUCCUCCAGUGGCAUGAACCAGCCCGGCUACAGCGGCAUGCUGGGAAACUCUUCACACGGCUCCCAGAGCAGCAGCUACUGUGGCCUACACCCACACGAGAGGCUGAGCUACCCAUCACACUCCUCGGCCGACAUCAACUCCAGUCUUCCUCCCAUGUCCAGUUUCCACCGCAGCGGCGGGACCAAUCACUACAGCGCUGCUUCCUGCUCCGCCACCACAAACGGCACAGACAGCGUCAUGGCUAACCGGGCGCCGAGUGGGGCACCAAGCAGCUCCCAGACGGGUGACGCCCUUGGAAAGGCCCUGGCUUCGAUUUACUCCCCGGAUCACACAAACAACAGUUUCUCAUCCAACCCCUCCACCCCUGUAGGCUCUCCGCCCUCUCUCACAGCCCCCAGCUCAGCGGUCUGGUCCAGGAACGGCGGACAGGGCCCAUCCUCUCCCAACUAUGAGGCUCCGCUGCACUCUCUGGUGAGUCAGGACAACUCCUCCGCCACACUCACCCAGUCCACCACUAUCCUUAAACCGCUCGCCAUUUCCCUCCCCGCCAUGCCCAGUAGCCACGGCGACAUGCACAGCCUCAUCGGCCCCGCCCACAACGGAGCCAUGGGCGGCCUGGGCUCCAGCUACGGGACCGGCCUUCUCUCCGCCAACCGCCACGCCAUCAUGGUGGGCGCUCACCGUGAGGAUGGCGUGGGCUUGCGUGGCAGUCAUCCAAUUGUGCCAAACCAAGUGCCAGUCCCACAGCUGCCCGUCCAGUCGGCCACCUCGCCCGACCUGAGCCAGCCAGACCCCUACAGAGCUCUCUCCAGUGGUCUUCAGGGCCAGAGCGCCUCGUCCGUCAGCUCCGAGAUCAAGUCCGAGGACGAGGGCGAUGAGAACCUGCAGGACAGCAAGUCCGUGGACACCAAGAAGGAGGAUCCAGACAACAAGGACCUCAAGGGUCUAGAUAGUAAUAACGAUGAUGAGGACCUGACCCCAGAGCAGAAGAUUGAGCGUGAGCGAGAGCGGAGGAUGGCCAACAACGCGCGCGAGCGUCUGCGUGUGCGCGACAUCAACGAGGCCUUUAAGGAGCUGGGCCGCAUGGUGCAGCUGCACCUGAAGAGCGACAAGCCCCAGACCAAGCUGCUCAUACUACACCAGGCCGUCGCCGUCAUACUAAGCCUGGAGCAGCAAGUCAGGGAGAGGAACCUGAACCCGAAGGCUGCGUGUCUGAAGAGGCGCGAGGAGGAGAAGGGCUCGUCGGACGGAGCCUCACUCUCGCUGGCCGGUGGCCACCACAGCAUGGGCGACGCCUCCAACCCUAUGGGACAAAUGUAAAAAGCCCCGACAUGGUCCAAGCUGCCAGAGUUCAUCAAGGCGAUGACCGACCACUUCCUUUGACAACGUCACUCGAUUCCCACCAACCAAUCAGCCAACCAAUCAACCAGACCAUGAUUCAGCUCAGUAAUUCAGUCAACCAUCUGACCGACCAACUUUUUUUUGUUUUUUCCUGACCUGUCUUAUGUCUUCUGUAGAAAUACUGGCACAUGUACAGGUGAAGGAAAAGAAGAGACACAAGACCUUUUUCCUUUUCUGUUCUUUUCAGCAUUCCCAAUUUUAAAAGAAAAAAAAAAAGAAACGUACAUUUAAAAAAAAAAGUUAAAAAAAAGAAAAAAACAGGAUUAAAAGAAAAAGAAUAUGUGCGCGAAAAAUCGAUGGGGGACUCCUCAAAACAUAUCAUGAUGUUGUACCAACAUUGCAGGGCUGGUGCAGCCCUCAGACCGAACGGCAAUCUACUCCACACUGUGGGACCUGCGGUCGUGCCUGACUUCCUGUCGGACGUCGAAAACAAAAAGAGAUGAAUCGAGUCAAUCAAUCCCACUGGUCUUGAGGGGGCGGGAACAGAACGAGGGGGUUUCCAACUAAAACAAAACAGAAAAGUGAUUACAAUCUGUGGUAGAAAUUGAAAAAUCAUGUUGAAACUCGCAAUAAUGACAAAAAGUGUACUUCUAAAUUCAGAGCAGAUGAAUUUGAACGGGACCGUGUGUGAAGGCAACUGCAGCAUGGUUGUGCAGGAGAGGAUUAUGCUACCCCUAUAGUGACUCCUAAGCCAGCACACACACAUCCACACACACACACAGAUACACACAUCCCAGAGCCCACAGCACAGCCACUGAACAGAGAGAGAGGGGGACUGCAGUGAGGAGAGGGGGAGGCCGUCAUCACAUCUUUCCUCUCAUAGUCCCAGCAAAGAGGACUGUGAAAGGGUGGAGCGAGAGAGAGAGAGAGGAGAAGAAGAAAGACGGGUUGAUUAGAAGGGAGCAGACGUUCGGUCAGGGGCAAGAAAGGUAAUGGCUGGUCAGUGUGAACACGGGCAGGAGAGAAGCAGGAACCCAGUGGCUCCUUUACUCCCAUCACUCUGGUUGUUGACUUCUCCGUGUGUUUGGUUUUGUUUUCUGCCCUGGUCUAGCCGCUCACAGCUCCUGACCCCCACCCAU